CAGAGCUGCUACUUUUUUUUUUCCCCCUUAACUCGCACAUUUUUCCUACCCUCACUUUCUCCCCAUCUCCCUCUCUUCUUUUCCUCCAUUUCCUGCUUUUCUUUUUUCGCCCACCCAGCCACAAAAGGAGAGAGAUUUAAGACUUGUCUCCCUUUCAUUCCUCCCUCUCUUCCACCCCCCCCUCUUCAGUCUCCCAUUCCUUCACUGCUCCUCCAUCUGCUUAAAAGGGCAGGUUUUUACCAAAAAUCAAUGGAAAACCACACAAAAACCCAGGACAAGGAGACCAACCCACUCCAACACUCCUCCCUUAACGCUGCCAGCAAUAGCAAUAGCAACAGCAAUUACAGUAGUACCAAUGGAGCAACCACAUCCUCGUCACCACCAGCUCCACCACCUCUGACACCAAAAUCCGUUCCGAAAGCCCCUGAAGUUAAUCCAUACCCGACCACCUUCGUCCAGGCCGACACCUCCUCCUUCAAGCAAGUCGUCCAGAUGCUCACCGGCUCCGCCGAGACCGCCGCAGCCGCCGCCGCCUCCGCCGCCCCCUCCAAGGGCCCGAUCGCGCCCCCUGCCAAGCCUCCUGGCCCCAAGAAGCCAGCUUUCAAGCUCUAUGAGCGCCGGAACAGCCUGAAGAACCUCAAGAUCCCCAGUCCUCUCAUCCCCACCUUCUUCGGCUCCAAUUGCAAUCCGAAUUCGCCUGUCGGGGCCACCGCCUUCUCUCCUCGGAAGCAGCCGGAGAUCCUGUCGCCGAGCAUGCUGGAUUUGCCCUCCCUGGUGCUCAGUCCGGUGACGCCACUCAUACCCGAUCCCUUCAACCGCUCGCCACACCCGGGCUCGGAGGCCGCCAAGCUGGCCGAGGACCGGGCGAUCGCCGAGAAAGGUUUCUAUCUGCACCCAUCGCCGAGGACCACGCCGAGGGAUGCCGAGCCUCCACGGCUCCUGCCGCUGUUCCCCGUGACAUCUCCCGGCGUUUCUUCUUCCGCUUCUCCGAUCACCACUUCUUCUCCUUCUCCUUCUCCUUGUCCUUGAGAUUUCAACUGUGGGAACAUGUAUCUUUAUUUCUCCUUUACUCCUUUGUUUUUGUUGGAGAGAGAUGGGGCUAUCCAAUAUUUGCUUGCUUGCUUCAUAGCAGAGUUCUCCGCUUCAACUGUACAAUUUGACCUCUCCUUCGUGUAUUAUUAUGCUUGUGAUGCAAAUCCACCAGCAUGAGUUGAAUGAUGCCCUGAUGGUGGUUUUCUUUC